UAAUGUUGUUUACACUUUCCCGAGCAGCUGAGCGGGGGUCGGUUGUGUACAGAGAUCUCUGCAGGUAGAACUGCAACAGUGAAAGAUGGCGGAUGUAGAGUUCACAAACACAGAGUACGGGAAGAACUGGGUCCGUCUGCUGCACAUCCGCAGGUUAGGGGGGAAACACCAGGAUAUCAGGGAGCUGGAGGUAUGCACCAGCCUAACCCUGGACAGUAAGAAGGACUAUCUCCAUGGAGACAACAGUGACAUCAUCGCAACAGACACACAGAAGAACACAGUCUAUGCACUGGCCAAAACUAAAGGGGUGACCACCCCAGAGCAGUUUGGGCUAGACCUGUGCCAUCACUUCCUGUCCAGUUUCUCCCAUGUUACCAUGGUGAAGGUGGAUGUUACCAUGGCACCCUGGAGGAGGAUUAAAAUAGGAGGUCAGGACCACGCCCAUGCCUUCAUCAUGACUCCAGAUGCCGUCAGGUUCUGUCACGUGGAGCAGGCCAGACAAGGCCCACCGGUGGUGCAUGCUGGCCUUAAGGACAUGAAGAUCCUUAAGACGACCCAGUCGGGGUUUACAGGGUUCUUAAGAGACCGGUACACCAGCCUGCCUGACGCUGAGGACAGGUGUCUUGAGACAGUGGUGUACAGCAGGUGGAGGUACAGCACACUACAGGGACUGGACUUUGAUGCUGCAUGGAACAUUGCUAAGUCCACCAUCCUGGAGGAGUUUGCCGGCCCCCCGUCCACAGGCGCGUUCUCUGCCUCUGUACAGAAGACUCUGUAUGACGCUGAGUGUGAAAUCCUGGGCAAGGUACCACAGAUCAGUGAAAUUGAGAUGACGAUGCCCAAUGUGCACAACUUUACUGUGGAUAUGUCCAAGUUUGGGCUGGAGAACAAGGAUGAGGUGCUCAUGCCAGUUGACAAGCCAUCAGGCAACAUCCACGCUGCCAUCAGGCGCAAAACAACAUCCAAACUGUGAGACAAGAGUGCAGAGAGAGUCCACUCCCUACAGUGCCUGCCAGGUCCACCAAUCAGUGUUGAAUGAAAAAGUAUUGAAUCACUAGAUAGCGUGAAACAAUACCUGCAGUUAGAUGUGCAGAGGUUGGGUGUAACAGGUUGUUUGGUGUAAUAUAGC